UUAUCUGUCAGCAUUGCCCUAAAUUAUUUAGAGAUUUAUUCCGAGUUUAUAUCAAAAUUUGUGGAAUAAGUAUGUCAGAACAACCGACACAACAUAAAUCCGACGAUCGCUUCACUAUCCUGCAAACCUUAUCGGAUGUAGUGGACUCUGGUCUCAGCAAGGAAGCCCUUAAAAUCUGCAUCGAACUGGUGGACAAUGGUGUCUGUGGUGGAGCACUAGCACAUGUAAUUCGAACCAUUAGAGAGGAGAUUCAAGAUGAUGAAGAUAAGGAAAGUGAUGAUUCCGGAGAAUCGGCUGCAUCAACAGACUCAACUUUGUAGGAAAUGAAUAUAAAAUAUAUUUUUGUGUUUAUAUUUUGUGUUUGUUAAAUUAAAAGUUCAACUUUC